AGCGCGCGCCUCACAAUUCAACAGCUCCACAUAGCGACUUGCAAACAUUGAGUAAGAACAAUAUGACCUAAAAUUGUAGGAAGGUGAACAAAUUUGGCUAGCUGCUAUUAUUCAUGAAUUAGCUAGUUUAGCGACAGGAUGUAACACGCAGUUUAUUUCACUUAGAUAUAUAAUUUCGAUUAAUUGAAAGUAUACCUGGAAAGCCUGAAUUGGAAUCUACCUACUAAGACCUAACUCCCCUGGAUGAAUCACUGACAAUCUUCCACAUUGAUAUUCAGAAACGUCAUCCAGUAACUCCUUACUUAUAGAAUACUUAAGUAUAUAGAUCAAUUGCAACUUUUGAGGAAAUGCCAACUCACCUGUUGCCAUAUGUGGAAAGUCCAGAUGGACUUGGACAAGACGUUCUAAAUAUUAGUAGUGGUGCUAGCAUGCCAGGGUCUGGCUCCAGCAUGACUCCUCACAGUGCCACCAUCACUAACAAAGCUGAGGCUCAGCCCGAGGGAAGCCUGCUGGAAGCCCUGGACUGUAUGUUUUGUGACCAGACCUUCACACACCAAGAUGACCUGGGCCCACACGUCCUGACCCAGCACCCCACAACACUGUUCGAAACAACAGUUCUGCGUGUGGAGGCAGAGUUCUUGAUCCCAGGUGAGAGGGCCCGGUCCAAACCCAGGUUGCCAUCUGUGAAGGAGGUGGUAUUUAGCUGCGUUGUGUGUGAUCAGGCCACAGAGGGUGCCAGUGAGCUGGAGAGCCACAUGAGGACACACAAGGACUGUUUCACAUUUCACUGUAACUUUUGUGGCCGGCGGUUCAAAGAACCCUGGUUUCUCAGGAACCAUAUGAGGUUCCAUAAGGCUAAGGCCCAGCAGAACCUGGAUGGUCCAGUUAUUAUCAAUGAAGUCAUCCAAGACCAAGUCCCAGAGCCCGUAAUCACCCCUUAUAAAAUGUGCUUUACCUGUGGCUUCUUUUUUCCCGAUAAACACCAUUUGGUGGAACACAGCAAAGUACAUAGAAAAGAAUUAGAGGCUGAUGAAAACAGAGAGAAGUAUAGACAGGAAGAUCCCCUCAGUCAACAAGGUUUUUUACAGGUACUCAACCUUCGCCCCCUCUCUGAGAAAAGUACUAUACCAGAGAGAUCUUCUAGGUGGAUUGCUCAACUAGACCCUUUCAACACCUACCAGGCCUGGCAACUUGCCACCAAGGGAAAGAUAGCAGUUUGUCCAAGUAUGGCUAAAGAUCUAGGCCUAAUCCAAGACCACAGCUCUAACAACGAGGACUCUGGCUCAGAUAAAGAACUGACAAACAUCUGGUCAGAAGGCCAAGAAGGUGACAACAAGUGUGUUAAAGACAACUUGGGUAGAGAACUGAGAUCCAGACAGACUGCUGGAGAGACCCCAUCACCAGAACCUAAUCAGAAGUCAAGUCGAAAUGACAAGCCGACGCACUGUGAGGACUGUGGGAGGACAUUCAGGACGUACCACCAGCUUGUUCUCCACUCCAGGGUGCACAAGAGGGAGAGGGGUGAGGCGGAGAGCCCCACCGCCUUCAUUGAUGGCAAGCUCUCGAGAGCAGAGUCCCCCAAAGAAGAGGGGUCUGAAGAAGGGUCAGAUGACGGAGCACCGGGAGAUGCCUUAUUUUCAGAUAAAAGUGAAGAUGGAUUUGAUCAAAUGAAGGUGAAACAUCUUGUGUCCUCCAGGGAGUGUAGUUACUGUGGCAAGACAUUCCGUUCCAGCUAUUACCUCAACAUUCACCUCAGGACCCAUACAGGUGAAAAACCACACAAAUGUAUAUACUGUGACUAUGCUGCAGCCCAGAAAACCUCACUGAGAUAUCACUUAGAUAGACGUCACAAGGACAAACCUUACACUGACAUCCCCAAUAAGCCUGUGAUAUCUGUGCCAUCUCCCAGUGAGAAAGAAUUCACCAGAAACAGAGAUGACAAACGGGUCCCCAACCGAUCCAAACUGUGGCCAACUCCCAAUGUCAGGCCUGCAACCAAACCUUGUGCCAUUAUGAAACCAGAGGAUAGAUUUAAUAGCAUCGGUGUCAAGAUUGCCAGCCCACUUGCUCAAGUGAAUGCUGAGUAUGGGAAAUUGAUUUCUACGGCUGCUUACUCUUCUUCUGCACACAUAAAAUGCCCCGUACCUGUUAACCUGAAGAUGAAAGGACAGGAGACAAAACACCCCGUACCUGUUAACCUGAAGAUGGAAGGACAGGAGACAAAACACCCCGUACCUGUUAACCUGAAGAUGGAAGGACAGGAGACAAAACACCCCGUACCUGUUAACCUGAAGAUGGAAGGACAGGAGACAAAACACCCCGUACCUGUUAACCUGAAGAUGAAAGGACAGGAGACAAAACACCCCGUACCUGUUAACCUGAAGAUGGAAGGACAGGAGACAAAACACCCCGUACCUGUUAACCUGAAGAUGGAAGGAAAGGAAAUAAAUGAUGAGGGCUUCAGCGCCCCAUUAAAUUUGUCCUUAAAAGUUUCACUUUCCAUCUCCGCCACCCUAAUACCAAGGAAUGUGUUGAUUUCCAAUGCCUGUUCGUCCUGUGCCUUCAGCACUAUGUACCCAGAGGUCCUGCUCAUGCACAAGAAGCUGCUUCACAAGGAGAAGUCUGACAUAACUAAGAAGAACAGAAGUCUAAAACUGAAGCGUUAUACUGGCUGCCCCCCUGCCCUUGAGGGCAAAGAUGUCACCCUGCUGCCUCUUGUAGAUCGGAGACACCCUCGCCGGACCAAAUCCCCAACCCCUCAGUCUCCUGGAAAACGUACAGGAAAGACUCACCCCUCCAACCCUCAUGGGCCUAAACAGUCUCUCACCAAUGAACCCCGGAAGGCGAUGGGAGCCCUGGGCCUGGACAAUCAGCGGUACAGGAUGAUGAUGAUGCCGCCUACCACCAGCCAGGGCCAAUCCAGGUUUACAGAGCCAGCAGAACAAUCCAACACCAAUGGUAGAAAAUAUAGCAAACCUGUAAUGGAGAGACCGAGGCAGAGCCCAUCGGACAGCAGAGUGGCAAGCGGCUUAAGAAGCGGUCCUGUGAGGAGCGGUAGUGUUGUAAUCUGGCCCUCAGAUGCUGCCAGGCUAUGCCUCUCCAGCCGGUUCGGUAGUCUUCCCCCAAUGGACUUUGGUGGUGAACCUUCCAGUAAGAGGCAGAGAUUCUCUGUGCUCCCCGGAAGGGAAACGGACACUGUUGAUACUGGCUUUAGGAUGGAGGACAGGUACAACAGACUGCUUCCCUCAGGAAGAAAUGUAGCCUCUCCCUCUCACAGGCUGCAAGCCUAUGCCCCAGUCAAAGCGUCCAACCCUCCAGCCUCUGCAAGCAGCAGCAGCAUGGAGACUGACUGGAAUAUGAUCAACAUCCUCCGUUCCUACACCCCCAGUGACCUGGCCUCCCUCUACCAUCCCACUGUGGCUAACCCCAGUCAUGGAGUGCAGACAAACCCAAGAGGGAGUAGGCCAUUACUCUACCCAGCUAGUAUGCUACAGAGGAGAGCCUAUUCCAGACCCAUCAGUAAUGAAUGCAGUGGACCCACUGACAAAAGGGCUUAACUGUUCUAAUGGUAUGCUAUUGUUCUGGUUGACUUCACCGGUCAUGGUGUAAGUAACUUUGUCUUAAGUUCUGUGUUGAGAUAAAUAGAAUACAUUUGAUAGCCUUCCAUAGGUUUGAAAUACACUGAGAAGUUCAUGCUACAAUCAUCUUUUGAGAGUUUACCUGGAGGAAAGGCCUGACCCAUAAAUGACCUACCCCCACUGAUCUAUACACAUCCAUCUAAUAUAACAGUUGAGGUAGUUGACAAAUGACUGUUUGAAUAUCAUAUUGUUAUGGUUGCACUAGAUAAAACAUGUAUAAAUGAGAAGUGUUAAGAGGAAGUUACCUUUUGUUUAUUAAUACGCUGGUCUGUCUAAUAUGACAUACAGUCAGCAAUCAAAGGACCAUGUUUUUGUCAAAGCACUGAUGUUGGGUAGGGUUUUAUCUGACCUACAGCUUGAGUUCUUAGUUUACAAAACAAAAGCUGUAUGUUGACAUAUCUUGCCUCAAACUCAAUUUGUUGACGCUCAUAGUAGGCAGUUAUUUUUGUGAUGAUAUGAAGCUGCAGUAGCUAUCAUGUCUACUAUUGAGCCAGUGCAUUUUGGAGAGUUGGGAGCAACAUGUCUGUGCCUAUAAGUAGUAGUUAUUCACUGGAUAAACAUGAUCAGAGCCUGAAGCCAGGGAUUCCUGCUACUGGGUAUUAUGUGAAAU